AUCACAUGGCAUUUCUCCAGCUUCCAGUGCCCUGCAGUGGACUGACGUGCUGUUGAAGAAACGACAGAGACAGUGAAGGUACAGAGGAUGAGGAAGUGAGUGUCACUCUCCACAGAUCUGGGCUCAGUGACACACACACGCAUGGAUCCUCUGAUGCUCCUGUUUCUCCUCAUCGCUGGGCUCACAGGUGCUGAAAGUGUGUCCUCAGUGGGAUCAGUGUCUGUACAGAGAGGAGGAUCUGUCACCAUCCCAUGUUUCUAUGAAGACAGAUAUAAAACACAUGUGAAAUACUGGUGCAAUGGGAGUGACUGGAGUUCAUGUACUCCAAAAGUACGCAGUGACUCUCUACAGAAGAGCAAUGAAGUGUCAAUCAGAGAUGAUCCUGAGCAGCGAGUCUUCACUGUGACCAUGAACAAUCUGACAGCUGUGGACUCUGGUUACUACUGCUGUGGUGUGGAGAUCAGCAGAGGUCCAGCUGUGAGAACAUGGGUUUAUCUGUCAGUCACUGAGGGUUCCCCAGGGCUGUCAGUGGACAAACAGGAGGUGACGGGUGUGGAAGGAGACAGUGUCACUGUUCAGUGUCGCUAUACGGACAGUUACAGUCAGAAGCGGUGGUGUAAGGUCAGGCGCUCCUGUGUAUCAAGGUCUUCGGGUUUGGAUGGGAGGCCUGUCCUGAUCAGGGAUGACAAAGUAAAGAAAGUCUUCAGUGUGACAAUGAGGGGACUGGAGAGGAAGGACACAGGCUGGUACUGGUGUGAUGAUGAUGGAUACUGGCAGAUCCCAGUUCAUAUUACUGUCAGUCUGAGAACUACAACCACAACUAGCACUGAACGUGCUGACAGUGUGUCCUCAGUGGGACGGGUGACUGUACAGAGAGGAGGAUCUGUCACCAUCCCAUGUUUCUAUGAGAAGAUAUAUCAACAACAUCUGAAAUACUGGUGCAGAGAUUAUUAUUCUUCAGAUUCAUGUACUCCCAUAGUACGCAGUGACUCUCCACAGACGAAGGAUGACGUGUCAAUCAGAGAUGAUCCUGACCAGCGAGUCUUCACUGUGAGCAUGAACAAUCUGCAAACUGGGGACUCCAAUUACUACUGGUGUGGUGUGGAGAUCAGCAGAGGUUCAGCUGUGGGAACAUGGAUGCAGCUGUCAGUCACUGCGGGUUCCCCAGGGCUGUCAGUGGACAAACAGGAGGUGACGGGUGUGGAAGGAGACAGUGUCACUGUUCAGUGUCGCUAUACAGACAGUUACAGUCAGAAGCGGUGGUGUAAGGUCAGGCGCUCCUGUGUAUCAAGGUCUUGGGGUUUGGAUGGGAGGCCUGUCCUGAUCACGGAUGACAGAGAAAAUAACGUCUUCAGUGUGACAAUGAGGGGACUGGAGAGGAAGGACACAGGCUGGUAUUGGUGUGAUACUGGAAACGUGCAGAUCCCAGUUCAUAUUACUGUCAGUCUGAGAACUACAACCACAACCAGCACUGAAAGUGCUGACAGUGUGUCCUCAGUGGGACGGGUGUCUGUACAGAGAGGAGGAUCUGUCACCAUACCAUGUUCCUAUGAAGACCGUUAUAAAACACAUGUGAAAUACUGGUGCAGAAAUUAUUAUUCUUCAGAUUCAUGUACUCCCAUAGUACGCAGUGACUCUCUACAGAAGAGGAAUGAAGUGUCAAUCAGAGAUGAUCCUGACCAGCGAGUCUUCAAUGUGACUAUGAACAAUCUGACAGAUGGGGACUCUGGUUACUACUGGUGUGGUGUGGAGAUCAGCGGAGGUGCAGCUGUGGGAACAUGGAUCCAGCUGUCAGUCACUGAAGGUGUGUCCACAGUGAACACAGUGUCUGUACAGAGAGGAGGAUCUGUCACCAUCCCAUGUUACUAUGACAACAUGUAUCAACAACAUGUGAAAUACUGGUGCAAUGGGAGUGGCUGGAGUUCAUGUACUCCCAUAGUACGCACUGAUUUCCCAAAGAUAAGUAGAGAAGUGUCAAUCAUAGAUGAUCCUGACCAGCGAGUCUUCAAUGUGACCAUGAACAGUCUGACAGCUGAGGACUCUGGUUCCUACUGGUGUGGUGUGGAGAUCAGCAGAGGUUCAGCUGUGGGAACACAAGUUUACCUGUCAGUCAGGGCCAGAAAUCUCUAG